AUGGUGGUACAUGUAAUAACUUACCUGGAACAUUUGACUGUAACUGUCCACAGAACUGGGAGGGCCAGAGGUGUGAAUUGGAUUACAACGAGUGUUCCGAGGUAGGUAUCUGUCAAAAUGGCGGACUAUGCAUCAAUAUCCAAGGAUCCUACAUGUGCCAGUGCCAAACUGGUUGGACGGGAAAUAACUGUGAGAUAGACGUAGACGAGUGUUUGGUGGGACCCUGCCAGAAUGGUGGCACUUGCCAGAAUACACUUGCAUCCUACACCUGUCUUUGUGAGAAUGGAUUCACAGGAGGCAAUUGUGAGAUAGAUGUUAAUGAAUGCCUGACGUCCCCUUGCCAGUUCGGAGGAACAUGUAUAAACACGGUGGGCUCCUACUUAUGUCAAUGUCCCCCAGGCCGCUCAGGCAUCAACUGUGUCGGAGAUGUUGACGAUUGUCUCUCGAGACCAUGUCAAAACGGGGCGACGUGUGUUAACGAAAUAGGGUCAUACAGUUGUAUCUGUCUAACAGGCUUUACAGGACAACAGUGCGAGAGCGAUAUAAACGAGUGUUCGCAGUCGCCUUGUCUGAAUGGUGGAACCUGUAUCAAUAGUGUAGGUUCCUUCUCGUUUUAG